UCAACAGCUGUGACUUUACAGUCCACAUUUUAUAUUUAAAUGCUUGCUAAUAAAUUGAGAUUUAAACAUGAAUAAAAACCAAGAAGGACAGGAGACUUAUUUUGAAGAAAACGUAGCAAAAGUUUGUGACGAAGAGAAUUCUUCAACUAAAUUUGCUGAUAUGGAACUAGCAGAGCAAACCAAACCGAUGGAAAGCAUUUUUGGCAGCGCAGAUUUCGAUUCAUUACAGGAAAAACUUUUGGAAAUGAGCCUGACGCCAGUAGAAAGUGCAACUGAAGCUGCAGAGGAGCAACCUAUAAUACCAGACUUCGAUAUUGAUUACGAUGACAUAUACGAGGAUGCAGCAAAGCUGGAUAGCAUCGAAAAGCAAUUGGAGCUGAUCUAUAGACCCUUCAUAGUGUUUGUCACUGUCGAUUGUCACUUUAGUCUCUCCGAGCUGUCCGCACUAUUAGACGACUCUCGUUACGAGCCCACUCACUAUCCGGCAGUGUUUCUGCAUUUGCGUGAAUUCACAGCAGAAGUCAAGCUAUAUGCCUGUGGCCAAAUUGUUGCCAGAGCCUUGACUGAACAAUCGGCAAGCGAUGCAGUACUACAGACCAUACGAUUGUUGCAUGAGCUGGACUACAAGCUGGACAUCACAGACUAUUGCAAGAAUAUAGUGACCGCCUCGUUCUGUUUGCCCUUUAAGAUUGACUUGGAAAUGCUCGGCGAAAUGCAUGGCGAGAUGGUCUCUGCCAAUCGCGAGCUGCGCCCGUUCGCGACAUAUAAGAUCGAAGGUAGUGCCAUUAGGUUUGCCAUAUUCCCCAAUGGCUAUGUCCUGGCCUUGCACUCUCUGCAUCACGGCGAGACCAGAGCAGCCAUAGCCGGCAUUUUGCCGAUCCUGGUGCAGUUUAAGAAUGGCUUUCUAACGCCCUCUGAGAAGCUUGGCUCGCUCUGUGGCGGAGAUGUCAACUUUAAGCUGCUCUGGGAGUACAAGCUCAAUGCGGACAAGUUUGGUCAGCUGCUGUACUCGUGAAGAAAUCUGUGAUCCCUUAUUUUCAUGAUCAUUCUGUUCUAUUUUAGAUUAUUUCAUUUCAUUUUAGUUUUGCUUUUGUUUUUCGUUUUGUUUUAAUGUUGU